AUGAUUAAAAUACUCCCAGAAAUAAAUAAACGGGCUUCUCUGUGGCAGUCACUGGAAAGGGCUCCUCCGGAGGCGGCCAUCCCACAGGCAGUUUGGUCUGUGCCCUGCCAAACCGAGUCUAGCCCAAGCUGCCAUUCACCAGGCGAGCCAAAGGAGCGCUCCGCAGUGCCAACGGGGCUGCCCAGGAGAGCUUGGCUGCGGAUCGUGUCCCUCCUGCACCCCCCACCCCCUCCCAAGACGGGCCCUGGGCCAACCUCGCCGGGAUUGGGGGGGGGGGAGAGCUGGCCGCCCGCCAUCGGGGCGCAGAGCCCGGAUUCUGCAAAGGCGCACCAGCGGCGGUCCGCGUUGCAUUGCCAGGGUUGCAAAGGCGAUGGGGGCAACCCGUCUUUGCAUUUCCCCCGGGGCGGCGGGGGUGGCGCUUGGAUCCUGCCCCGGGCUGCUGGAGGGUGGAGAGGGGGGGCGGUGGAGAGAAAGAGCAGGAGGCGGUGCCAGCAGCAGCCCCCUCGCCUUGCAAGCGCAGCGUCUGCAGCUGCCGAGCUGUCCGCGCGUGCGACGGGGCGCGAGGAGGAGCCUGCGGAGGAAGGAGGGAAAGAGGGAGGGGAGAAGGAGGAGAGGAGAGAAAGAGGGAGGGGAGAAGGAGGAGAGGAGAGAAAGAGGGAAGGGAGAAGGAGGGAGGAGGAGGGAGGAGGAGAGGAGAGGAGGGCGCGUCUUGGCCAGCAGCGAGCCGAGGAGGCCGGCCGGGCGCCCGGACAGACGGAGGGACGCGGAGCCGCCGCCGCCGCAGAGGCCCGACCUUGCGCGCCUUCUUCGGCGAGGAUGAGCCGGGUGUCGUCGUCGGCGGAUGGGGCGCCGUCCUCGCCGCCGUCGUGGCUGCCCAGCCACGUCCAGGUGACGGUGGUGCAGGCGCGGGCUCUGCGCGCCAAGGGCGGCCCGUCGGGCGACGCCUUCGUGGCUCUGCAGCUGGGCGGCCAGAAGUACCGCACGCCGGUGGCGCCGCAGCGGAGCGGGCCGCGCUGGGCCGACGAGUGCGCGCUCCAGCUGCCACCCACGCCCGGCCCCGACGACGCCGACGCCGACGACCCGGCGCUCCUGCUGCAGAUCACCGUCUGGCAGCGCGCCCUCGUCGGCACCGACCGCUUCCUCGGGCGCGCCGCCGUCCCGCUGCGCCAGCUGCUCCAGCGAGGCGGAUCCCACCCGGACCAGUAA